UGGAGCAGCUGAGUUUCCAUAGAUACACAGCUAACUGCUUUGGUUCACACCACAUCAUUUCUAAAUUCAUAGUUUUUUUUCCAGCCAACCAGCAAUGAUCAGCCUUAUAAUCCAUCACCUGGUGCAGGAAGUUCUGCCUUUCUGCUCACGGCAGGUGGGGGUUUCCACCUUCUGCCAUGCACCAGUCAUCAAAUACGAGGACUCAGGGAGAGGUUGCACGCCUGAACAGUCAGGUACUGCAGACAAGGAGAUGUGCAAAUAUGGAGAAGCCUUGCCUGUCUCGGAGUGCCCGGACAAGGAGCCUCUCAGCCCACGUGAGGUCCCCCGGCUCCAGUCGAACAGCAGGGGAGGCUGCCAUGAGGUCCCCCGACUUCAGUCAAACAGCGAGGGAGCAUGCUGCACGGUCCCCCGGCUCCAGUCAAACAGUGAGGGAGCCUGCCAUGAGGUCCCCCAGCCCCAGUCGAACAGCAAAGGAGGCUGCCAUGAGGUCCCCCAGCCCCAGUCGAACAGCAAAGGAGGCUGCCAUGAGGUCGCCCAGCUCCAGUCCAACAGCGAGGGAGCAUGCUGCACGGUCCCCCGACUUCAGUCAAACAGUGAGGGAGCCUGCCAUGAGGUCCCCCAGCCCCAGUCGAACAGCAAAGGAGGCUGCCAUGAGGUCGCCCAGCUCCUGUCCAACAGCGAGGGAGCAUGCUGCACGGUCCCCCGACUUCAGUCAAACAGUGAGGGAGCCUGCCAUGAGGUCCCCCAGCCCCAGUCGAACAGCAAAGGAGGCUGCCAUGAGGUCGCCCAGCUCCAGUCCAACAGCGAGGGAGCAUGCUGCACGAUCCCCCGGCUCCAGUCCAACAAUGGGGGAGCCUGCCAUGAGGUCCUCCGGCUCCAGUCGAGCAGCGAGGGAGCCUGCCAUGAGGUCCCCCGGCUUCAGUCAAACAGCGAGGGAGCAUGCUGCACAGUCCCCCGGCCCCAGACCAACAGCAAGAGAGCCUGCCAUGAGGUCCCCCAGCCCCAGUCAAGCGGUGAGGGAGCCUGCCAUGAGGUCCCCCGGCUUCAGUCGAGCGGUGAGGGAGCCUGCCAUGAGGUCCCCCAGCCCCAGUCAAGCGGUGAGGGAGCCUGCCGUGCAGAGGUGUUCCUCGAGGAGAGCCCAAUGGGGCUCUGCGACAUCGAGAAGACCAUCAAGAAGGCCGUAACGAGAGUGGAGCUCCGCUGCAGACCAAGCAAGAGAGCCACGUGUACUGUGUACAGCUAUGAGAACCCAGGGUGGAGGACCUACCUGCGACUCCAGGAACAGGGUCCUGCACCGGUAUCCCCUGGGGUUUGCUGCCGGGGCGCAAGCAGCGCGGACCGCCGGCUGGCGAGCAAGCCCGCCUGGAGGCCGCCCCCGCACAGGCGGUGUGCCGCCUCCCAGCUCACUGCCCCCUGCAGGCGAAGACUCCCGCCACUCAUCAGGCUGCACAGCUGUGAGGCCUGCCUCGAGCAGCGCUACAGCCACAUCGACCGAGACGUGGAGACUGUUGUCCAGAGAUGCCUGCCUCCGCGUGUUCCUGUCUACGGGCGUCCACCGUCCCUCUAGCAGUCGUCCAUGUAUUACAUUUACUAGACAACCACUUAAACUGUUUUAUUUCCUACUGCAAUAACUUUACUCCAUACAGUGCCGUACAGUCCUACACAUACUGCUACUUAGUGAAAAUAAACAGGGAAUUUCCAAGGGGGCCACUGAUGCUUCAACCAGGGGAAAUGUCUCUCCCCCCCACCGUCAAUACUGUAAUUAGAUGUUUCAUUUCACCAUCCCUUCAAAAUCAAUCAACCCUGCAAACUAUAAUUAAAUGACCAAAUAAUGUGAAAUUAAUUAUAAUACACGUUAAAAUGAAUUACACUUCUAUGCUGCUUCAAACCAUUCGGCCCAUAAUGUGUGGCUGGCCAGCUAAUCAAGGGCGUGAUGCCACAGACGAUUCAAAACUACUGAUAGUUAAAAUUCUAUAAAUUCUAUAAAUGAAUGUCACUAUAAGGAUCUGUUUGGUUGCUUACUUUUUUUAAACUACACCAUAAUUUAGAGAAUUUCUUCCGGGAGGGUUAAUGUGUAUAAUACAAUCAUAUUAAAUUUAAAGAUAGUAGCGAAAUCUCAAUCUUUUGUCAUCAAGUCAUAUUUUAAUUUAAUAUGGUGCCCAGGGUAGUCUGAACAACCAAGGGAUUCUUUCAGUCGGCACGUCUCUGUCUCCGGUCAUGUGGCCGAACCGAACCCUGGGACCCACGUAUUUUCUUACAGAAUUAAUCACUACAGAGAAGCAGACGGAGCUGUGUCUGUUACGUCUUCCAGUAACGAAGUGAACAACGAUGAUUACGAUCCUGAAGAACAUUCCUCAGCGGGUUCCUCUUUUACUUUAUUGUCCUUGGCUUAUAAGAAGAAAGUAACUGAUUUUGCUGAUGCUCAUCCAAAACAUAGUUCUCAUUAUUAAAAUCAAGAUUUUCAAUCUUGGAAAAAAAAAAUCUUCAAAUUUGGAGGAAAAAUAAAACAUGGUGGCACUAGAAAUGAAAUCUUUAUUCACAGACUCCGAAACUGGGAAAGAUAUCAGGAUGCCCGAAGCUUUUAUGAACAAGUUACAAUGAGAACAUUACAUAAAUGGGAAUUGGCACUUUCAUUCUCAUAUUUGUCGGAAAACUUUCAAUUUAUUGCUAGUGAUACAUAUAAAAAGCUUCAAAUGUAGCCAUCAAUAAGACAGUAAAAAUGAUGUUGCAAUUUCGGAAGAAACUGGAAGCAGCAGAGAACUUUGUAUACCUACAAGACAUAAAAUGCCAAGCUUCAACCUUAAUUAUAUAAUUAACACUGACCAGUAUGAAUCAACAUAUAACAGGUUGCUGGAUUACAAGGGAGCAAAACCUUUUUGGUGCACAAACUCAAUCUCCCCAAGACCACCCAAUCUUACACAGUGCAGUACAGUUUAUUUAUUUAUUUAAUUUGUACAAUGCUUACCAACAGUACUAGACUUAAGAAGUAAGCACAACAAUUAUACAAGGACACAACAUAUACACAAGGACAACAAAAAAGAGAAAGAACAAAACAUAUAGAUAGAUAAAGACUUUAAUGGAUUUAAUUAAAUCACCCAUACGCCAUACUAGAGCCUGCCAAUAUCUUUGGUCUAAAGUUGCUGACAUUGUCAAGAAAUUAGAAGAAGAAUACAAAAAUAUUGUUGUUUCUUGCUCCAAGGAAAACUAACAAAAUAUUUUAUGCAAAAUUUUUGGAAACCACAUUAAUGUCAUAUGUUGCUAACAAUUCCUUCUAUUGGUGGAUUCGUGAAGUGGCCAUGCAGAUUUGACAUUGUAUGAUGAGACAUUCAUCAAUGAGCAAGCGAAGUUAACAUCUACUAUGAAGAUCAUUCCAAUCAAAUGUACACCUCUUAUUCAACCCUGUGAUGUACCUACAUUUCAAACACAAAGUCAAAAAUUUAAGAAAAAGACUACAAAGUGCCCCUGAAUUUCUUCAACAGCAAGCAUUAUGAUCAAAAGAAGAUGCAAUUAAAAUGCAUUUGUUUGUGUAUCAUGAAUUCAGGGCUCCUGUUUUCACCCUAAUGAUACAGUAUGCUUGGCUUGCAUCAAAAUUGACAGAGGAAAGACAUUCGAAAACUUGAGUGAGAUAUGAUUUCCAUUGAAUAAUAUUUUGGAAAAAUGAUUUUCAUAAAAUGUGCAUGGUGUGAACAAUACUUAUGUUUUAAAUGUUUCUUUGAUGAUUAAUGUUCCUUCGAUGAUAAAUAAAAUGCAGCGUAGAUAAUUAAUUUUUAGAAUUAUCGUAAACUUUAUUUUAUUUAAAACCUCACCCAAUUAUGUAAUUUAACUGUUUAAAUAUAUUUAAAUUCUGUAAUUGAUAGUUGAAUAUUGCGAGAAAUAAAAAACAAAGAACGGUAGCCGUGAGUAUUGAACAUGGAUUGCCAGACAAUGUGCUUGACCACUGAACAUUCAUGAACAAUACCCCUCAAGCUCUACUUUAAAAUCUUUAAAGAGCUUUUGCUGGCUUCCUAGGGGCCAUUCAGGCGAGAUGUUUUAGGAUGUUGAAAGGGGCACCUACCUGCUGCUUCUCACACAGUUUAAGCCACAUCUGUAAGCUCUGAAUCGAACCCUACCCUAGUGUGUGUAAAUGUUAAAAUUGUUUGAUUCAUUUCUGCUGUACAUACAGGGGGAGGGGAAGACGAGAGAAAACGCCUUGUACAGUAAAACACCGUUUUAACGAACUUCAUUAGAGCGAACAAUUCAUUACUACGAACUAUGCCUUUGGUCCCGUCAGACGUCCAUAUAACAUAACGUAAAAAAAUUUCACUAGUACGAAUUUUCUCGUUCAAAUUUUUUAAAUAUUCUAUAAAUAUUCAUUUGAACGAACAAUUUCUGCCCGGCACUGUAAACGACAAAUGGAUAAAAUCGUCGCCAUUCACCCACAAACUGCCAUCUUAUUUAUUUUGAUACGCGCCAUAGAUGACUACAAUGGACUAGUGUUGAAAUUAAUGCACAAAACUAGUGUAGCGACUAAAGCGCUGCAUUGUGGUGUUCGCUGACAUUACUCUUUGUUCUAUGCUCGCACGACGUGUUUAACCGAUGCGAAGUGCUACAUCAUAAAGUAUUGCUACACACACAUCUCUGGUCGUUUUCUUGUUUAUUGUUUGAGAAACGUGCGGUAGCCUACAACUCACAUAGUUUCGGUUCCCUAGCACGUUCGUGCAACUUCGGAUUUCUCUCAAAAAUUGAAAUUUAAAAAAUCGUAGGGUUGUGUUAGGUUAGUCACAACAUGCUUGAUCUUCUGAUUUAGCGGCUGAAGUGGCGUUAAUACCAAAACGCAAAACUUCGGAAAUCUUCGCAAAUUCUUGCAGAGAACCGAAACUACGUGAGUUGUAGGCUUCCCAGAAACGUGGCUAUACUACAUGUAUAACUUAUUUUUACAUGUGUAGGGUGCAUUUGUUUUUAUAGUUUAAAAAACCGUACUACUGAACAUGUCUUCUAGGAAACGACUUGAAAUGUUAAAAGCAGUAGAUAAAGAAAAUAAAAAAGACUGAUGUGGCUAAAAAGUUAGGUAUCUCCAAAUCAACAUUAUCCACAAUUCUCACCCAGUGAUCCAGUUUGGAAGACAGUAAAAUGUAAAAAAAAUUCCUAACUUUUAAAUUUUAUAUUUUUGAUUUAUUACAGCAUUGCUUGUACCACUCAUAUUGGUAUUAGAUUUUCUACUUUGUUUUUUAACAAGAUCGAGUUAUGUUCAAAAUCCCAAAACAGGCAAUCAUUGUGAUUUCGGUAUAAAGAACUUCAUUAUAACAAACUGCCAUAAUUUUGGUCCCUUCGUGUUCUUUAUAAUGAAGCUCUACUGUACUUUGUUUGUAAUAAAUUUUAAACUAUGUAUGUUUAUUGGGUGUUGUAUACUUACACAUUAAACAGAAAAACCAAAAUUUUUGACAUAGUAUUUCAGAAUUUUCACAACAGCCUACUGAUAUUUGAAAAGAUGCUUAGUUAUAUGUAAUAAUCCUAGUUGUUGACAUUACAAAUGUCAAACAGAUAAUCUGGCUUUCAACUAAGUUAUUUUUGGUUUUGCAUCUUUAAGCAGAGGCAGUUUGUUAGCUUGCUAAAUGUUUCCUACAUUGUUCUUAUUCAGUGAGUGGUAUUGCACCAUAUAAGCUCUGGCACUUAUUAUGUAUUUUAUUUUGUGUCUCAAACAUAUUGUAUGAUUUUUAAAUAAUUUUCUUUGUUGUCUUAUUGAAGUAUUAAUAACCACGUGUUACAUUCCAGGUUGUCCCAGCUAAAAAAUCCAAAAUAGUAACAAGUCACUUUAAUCACUUGAAAAGUUUAUGUUUAUAUACAAUGAUUUUGAAGUUUUGUUUAAGUUUGUCUAACUACCAACAUUGAGGAUAACAUAUUUUAUUAAGAAAAAAGGUUUGUACAAUAAAAGAGUUUUUUAAAGCAGACUUUCCUUAUUUAUUACUUCUAAAAUAAAAAAAGACGCAGCUCACAACUUUACAACAGAUCCAGAAGAUAUUCAACACUUAUUCACAGUAACUCGUUGCUCGAUUACGAAAAAAUUGAAGUCCUUUUGUUUAAUGUUGAACAAAGGUACAAUACCUUGACAACUCAGCUCACUGUGUUUCACUGGAACGAUGAUGGCGAAUCCUCGUGACACAGCCCCUGUUGAAUAACUUAGCACUUACACCACAGUUUAAGUUUUAAUAUGCUGCCAUCACUAUUUCUUCUUUAAAACACAAGUUCAUAGAAACUAAAUUAGUUGUAGCAAUUAACUAGCAAUGAUGAGGAAAGUCACUCAUAGUCUAUAACUGGUGACUAAAUUAACUAGUUCUUCUUUUGCAGUUGGUUUAGUUCAGGAAAACAUAGAUAAACUUGACAAAAUCUAGGUACUAUAAUUCAGCAAAACGACUCCGAAGUAUUUUGUACACAUAAUUAAAAUCGUAAAAUUAAGUAACACUUAAAAUAGUUACUAGCACUGUUUGACAAAUGAACUAUCAAGGUCAGUUCCACACGAUGCAUGCUACACUUUCUGCAUGGCUGAAACCCAGCAUGAUUAGGCAUAAAGGCUUCGACCUGGGAGGCUCCUAGUCUUCCCUAACCCAGAGCCCUCCCAAACAAAUACACUUAGGUAUUAGUUAGGUUAGGAAAAAUAAUUGACGAGAGGGGAGAAUCUAAAAAUAAACCAGUCAGAGAGUGAGAAAGAGGGGAAGUGUGUGUGCAGCAAUGUUUGUGGUUCUUCCUCCCUCUCUCAUCGCUGUCAAUGUCCGUGAACUGGCACUGUACACAAUCAUCAUGUUCAUAUCUUGACAGGUUUUUGUGACGCAGCUGUGUCCAAAUAUUGUUUUACAUGAGAUUUUGUAUGCUUUCUAUUGCAACAUUUCAUUCACGACAAAAUAGCUGUAAAAGACGUGCUUGUUUUAUUUAAGGAACUUGCAGAAAAAAAAUUGACAAGGAAAUAGUGUGUGGUCUUUUCUCUUUCUAUUGCAAUUUCAGGACAAACAGACACUUUCUACAUUUUGCCUUUUGCUUGUUGCAGGUAAAUAAGUACCGGAUUUAUCAUUCUGUUAAUAUUUUUUUUUGGUUUGUAAAAUUUUACUCUCUGAAAACUUGACUCUCUCCACUUUUCCCAGUAUCCACUUACGGUAAUCAACCAGAAUUAAUAUUUUAAAUAUGUAAAUCCCCGAUUUUAUGAACACAACAAAGGGUAAGCCUACCUAGUAUCAAAGGACAAUGGCUAACCACACGAAUGUACCAUACAUAGCAAGUUUUCGUAGAUUUUUGUUGGAACAAUAUUUUAUUCUGUGAUCAACAAAAUUGCUAAUAAAAAACUGUUCUUCUGUUAGUAUUUUUUGUGCAUGGUAAAAAAUUACGCACAAAGUUUCUUCAUAAAUAAAACAAGAAAUA